UUAGUAUUAUUGAUUUUAAAAGUCCUUGAAAUAUUAAAAGUUUUAGAUAAAACGCAACGAUCACGAUAUGUGUUCUACUCUCAGACGAUUUAUUUAAUGAACUAAGCAGUAGACGUCGACACAGAAAAUAACCAUGGCACAAUUUGUUGGGAAAUGGAAAACUAUUAAUUCAACCAGGAAAAACUACGAAGAAUACUGUUCAAGUUCAGGUAUUCCAAAAGAUCUUGUAGACAAGUACAGAGAAGUAGUAACAGUAAUGGACAUGGAACAGAAAGGAGACAAAUGGUUAAUCACUUAUGACACUGGUCUAGGGCCUCCACAGUCUUUCACAUUUAUAUUGGGACAAGAAUUGGUAACAAAAGAUCUUGAAGGCAAAGGUGUAAAGGCUACAGCAACUCUAAGUGAGGAUGGCAUAUGGACAGACAAAACUAGUCAUGAAAUAAUGGGAUAUAAAGAAACAAUCACCACAAAACGAGUUGAAGGAAAUAAAAUGAUUGCUUCAACAACAUGUGGUGGAGUGACUAUGACCUAUGAACUUGAGAAACAGUAACUAGUAAUCUGCAUCUCGUUUUAUUUACUUUCUAUGUAUAGUUGCUUACACGGAUGAAAGAAGAAAGUUAACGCAUACCCGUUUUCAACGCCACUAAAUUUCCUAGAUGAAACCAAUAAAUUCUUUUUGCAUCUUCGAUUUUGGAAUAAUAAUACACGUUGUUAACAUCAGCUUUAUAUAAAAUAAUAAAUGGACGACUACAACAGUAUUGUAAUGUCUUAUGCUGUAAUCACACACAAUUAUAAUAACGUAAUGGUAAUGUUUUGCUCAAGGUUAUUGCACUCAAACAUUGAAAAAAUACUUUUGAAAGUGACUAUAAUAAUAGCUUGUCGUGCCUUCAUUCAUUGACCUCUCGUUAACGGUUUCAUACCAGCGUUAAACAAAUCACAUUUAAAUUUAUUACAAUAAAAUAAAUUAAAAAAAUUUCAUGAUUUUUGAAAACCUGAAAUCCUAAUUGCUUUUGCUUGUUUUGUUGUAGUUUAAACAAAUGCACUGUUCAUACAAUAAAAUCCAUGACAAAUGCA